AUGAUCAUAUGGACCAAGCCCUGGAUUCUGCAGGCCGCUCUGAAGGUCGCGAAGGACUGGGGGAGACGGCGUCCUGAUGAUCGACACCGACGUGGUUGUCAAGAAGGAGAUAUUAUCGCGGAGAGUUUGCGGCGCUUGGCGACGAAGCCGAAUUUGGCCAUGGUCACCGGCAUGGAGAACACCCAUGCGGACAGGAUCAACACAGGGACGGUGUUUCUCAUGCCAGGGAAGAUGGCCACCACUUUCUGUUAUGCGUGGGUGGAGCAAAACAACGAGUACCUCAACGACGACCACGGCGACCAGGCAGCGUUCCAGGCGACACUGGACCACAACGAUUUUCUCAAGCCGUUCACCGUGACGUACGAGGAGGCCGUCGGACAGUGCUCGCGCCCCGGCACGGUGGCCACGCACUACAACUGCUGGGCCAACAAGCUCAGGCCGAUGAUCGACCAGGGUGACUGGGACGAGCAGGCGCAGGGCCUCCGGACGAGGCUGGGGCUCCUCGACGGCGGGGGCGUCCAGGCGGAGAGGACUUUGGAUGCAGGCCUGGACCCUCCGGGGGCGCGAGCGCGCGAUCAGCACGAUGGAGGCCGCGGGGGAGUGGCUCGUGCAGGAGAUGUUCGACUGAGGGGCCCGCCCCGCGAGGGGCCCGCGCCGAGCCCACAGGAGGGCAGCCAGGAGGGAGAACGCCUACCGACGCGCCGAAUCGUCCAGCAAAUGUCGAGAACUGUGGGGAAGCCUGCUGUUUGCGUGCGUAUCUAUCUGUGUGUCCCUGGGCCCUUCAGGCAGCGCCGCCGUGCCGCCCGUCCGCCUGUGCUCGCUGGGCGGCGAUCGGCGCCCUGUCUUCCAAUCCCACCACUGGACUGCCCGCCAGGAAUUCGUGCCCUGGCCUGCCUGCCUGCCGCAGGUCCCGGCGGGCGGCCCUGCGGCUGCCUGCCCGCCGCCGAGGGGACCGCUGGCGCCUCUCGAGCGCCGCCCUCGCCGCAGUGGCUGCCGCCAUCGGGCGGCGAGGUCUGGGCACACCCGUCGCCCCAGGGCAGGCGAGCGGGCGGCCCUGCGCUCGCCUGCAUGCUGCUGCCGGGGUCCGCUGCCACCUGCGAGCGCCGUCCUCUCGACGCGGGUCGGCAGCGCUUCGGCGCAGUCCCUCCCGCAGAGCCGGGCGCUGCAGCUUCCUCGAGGAGGAAUUCUCGAUGCAUUCUCACCCGAUUCACUCCUCGUCCUGGCUUCGUCUUAUCGUGA